AUGGAAGUUAUAGAAAAAUUGUCCUCAGAUUAAUCUUAAAAUACAAAACCAUAAGAGCUAUCUGCUUCAAUAUAUAAGCAGGAAUUAAGCAGAGGCAUCAGCUCAUUUAUGAGCUUUUCAAUUGCUUUCACUAAUAUAGCAUGUAUCCCAUCAAUUUCAUUGCUAAUUGAUUUCGGAAUGAUUACAGGUGGUCCAGUGAUAAUGUUUUUAGGUUGGAUACUUGUGACAAUAUUUACCAUGUUUGUAGCUAGUUCAAUGGCCGAAAUUUGUUCUACUUACCCAGUUACUGGUAGUGUGUAUUACUGGUCUGGAGUACUAGCAAACCAAGAAUGGUCGCCACUCGCUUCUUUUUUAUGCGGAUGGUUCAGCUUAAUGGGUAAUUUAGCUAAUAAUGCUGGUUAAUCAUUCGUAACUCCUCACCUUUCUUCUCUCGAGUUUGCUUUCACUAAAUUCAACAACUAAACUGGUUUCGACAAUGUUUACUAUGUUGGUAUGAUAGGUCUUUUGAUGCCAAUGUAUGCAUACUCCGGUUAUGAGGGUGGUGCAACACUAGCCGAAGAGACAUUAAAUGCAAGUGUUAAUGCACCUAAAGGUAUAAUUAACUCCUGCAUUAUAUCUACAGUAACUGGACUUAUAUUCAUAAUGUCUAUUCUAUACGGAUGUGGAGAAAACAUAAACCAAAUCAUUAAUGGUACUAGUGAUCAUGCUCUGGUUAACUUUUUCAAUAUUGUAUUUAGAGGGAAUAAAACCUGGGUUAUAUUAUUUACUCUAGUUCUUAUGCUUAAUGUAUUAUUUGCUGGUUUCAGUUCUCUUAUUAUAACAUCGAGAUUGGAUUUCAAAUUUCAUAUGCAAUACCCAUAUUUUUAAGAAUAACUCAUUCAAGAUACAAUUUUAAGAGAUCCAACUAUGACUUAGCAAGGUAUAACAUUAGAUAAUUUCAAUUAUUCACCUGUUAUUGUUGGAUUCAUGAUUUUAUUUGCUUUAGUAAAUUGGAAUUUGCCUAAUCCUUAUGGAGCUAAACAUUUCUUUAGAGGUCCCAAAAUAAUUCAUGAUAAAGAAAGGCUAAAUUAUAGCUAAGAAUCAAAUAAGCUAUUAAAUAGAAAGAAGAAGGAUGAAGAUAUUGAUAUCGAUAUUGUUUGA